UAUUAGCCGAAGCUGAGGAGCAGCAUCAUCUGAGCUGAAUCACAGCCCACAUUUCUCCCUACGUUUAAAGAUCACACUGUCAGACCAAAACAACCAGAGGCUGUAUUGAUUCCUCCUGGCAGACAAAGCUUCAGUCUGGAGAGUACAUGUGAUGGCUCAGCCUGGAUGGCAGGUGCCACUGGAAGGCACCUGCAGCUGACACGUCAACAACCAUCAGGCAGAAUGUCAUAUGGAUCUAUUGACGGAGGCUCCUUUGGCAGUCGCAACCCAUUUGGAGGUCCUGUGAGGCAGGGCUACCAGCCAGUAGCCACACAGGUCAGCCCCUCAGAACUGCAAGAUGUGUUUCAGGAGACCUCCUCCAGUAUAUUCCAGAUCAACACCAACGUUGUCACUCUAGAGAAGAAUCUUCAAUCCCUGGGAACGUCUAGAGAUACAGAAGAGCUACGACAGAGUCUACACUCCACACAGCAGCAAACGAACAAAGUCAUCACCAGCACAAGCCAACUCAUCAAACAGCUCUCUGAUAUAAUCAGUGGCUCUUCACGGCAAGACCGUCUACGCCUGACCAGACUAAAGACUGAACUCUCAGAGUCUGUGCAGCGCUAUGGGGAUCUGCAGAAGAAAAUUGCAGAACGCUCAAGGGCCUUGCUGCCUCCAGCACAGAAAGACAAGAAGAAGAAUGUAAAUACCCCAUCCAGUCAGCAGAUGGAAGAGGGUCCACUAUUUGGAGAAGGAGCAGGCUCAGAGGGAAGAGCUCAGGCUUUCUUGUCUGAGAUCAGUGAGGAGGACGUGGAGGUGCUUCGCCAAAGAGAGGAGGCCCUGCUACAGAUCGAAAGAGACAUGCUGGACGUUAGUCAAAUCAUGAAGGAUCUGGCCAGUAUGGUCCAUGAACAAGGAGACGCCAUAGACAGCAUUGAAGAUUAUAUCCAGACUGCAUCGUCCAAUGUGGAAUCAGCCAAUCAGGAGCUUGCGAAGGUCAACCAAUACCAGAGGCAGCUGAGGAAGAGAAAGUGCUACCUCCUGGUGGCUGGAGCCAUCGUCCUCACCAUCCUCAUCAUCAUCAUUGCUGUUUCAGCAAGAAAAUAAGACUGGCUACUGUGGUAGCUACUGUCAUUACAGUGUCACCUCGGUGCUCCUGCCCAGUCUGAUCCCUAACCUGAGCAGCUGGUUUCCAGUAGGAGGGAGCUGCCCUGCAACAAAAUCUCUACUCCAUCAUCUCUGGCUCUGUUUACAUGUGCUUAAGUCUGGGGAUGGAGGCCUUUCUCAGCAUACCAAUUUGUCAAGAGGUAGCCCCAGUCUGAGCCUCUUGUGUAAUAAUCAUUGUGCUUAUUUAUUUUUUAUGCUGUGGCUGUUUCCUGUGACUCGGAUGUUAUCAUCAUUGCUGAAGUCACAAAUGUGACCUUAGUCAUUACACCAGGGGCACAAGCUGGGGGGUUUCCUGUCUUGAAUGUGAUGGGUUGCUAUUGUAUAUCACACACCUGCAGCUCCUAUCUGUGGUGUUUUAUCAUAAAACCGGAUGAAAAUGGAUCAGAAGCUUCAGGGUGAGACAAGGCAGCUUGAGCUCUACUGUCUUCACUGGUGUACCGUAUGCUCCGUUUUCUUUAUGUAUUUUUAUUGAAAUGAACUUCAUAUGUAUCAGCUUGUAGUGUAAAUGAAUUAGUAUUAUAUUGUACCGUUUCUUGAUAUUGUUAAAUAUUGUUUGGUCAUAUACAUAUAUGUAUACAAAUAUCUUCCACAA